GAUGAUCAUUCAAAAUAUCUCAUCAUCAUCUCUAUCAUCCAUCCACCUCGUUUACGAAUGACAAUGGUUCUCUUCGCUCCACUUUCAGCAUCUCCUCUUUCGCUCUCCGUCUCAAUCUCUCGCCCUUCUCACUCUCGACGCCGCCCAUUGCUACUGCUUUCAUCUCUGCCUUCCGAAUCCUCAUCGUCUUCCACAACAGGAAGCGUUUUGUCAUCGGAUCAUUCAACCAAACCGCUUAUUGAAUCAAGCACCUUGAAAUACUCUCUUCCCAACCCUAGUAGCAACGCAGUUGCACGUUUUGUCCAAUCCGCCGAAUCUUCAGUCGAAAGGGUAAUCUUUGAUUUCCGGUUUUUUGCACUUCUGGCUGUAGGCGGUUCUUUAGCCGGCUCCUUACUCUGUUUUCUAAAUGGCUGCGUUUACAUUGCGGAUGCAUACAAAGUAUAUUGGACAAGCUGUUCAAGAGGAAUUCACACAGGACAAAUGGUUCUGCGCUUGGUUGAAGCAAUUGAUGUAUAUCUUGCUGGGACUGUGAUGUUAAUAUUUGGGAUGGGAUUAUAUGGACUAUUCAUUAGUAAUGUGCCUAACAAUGCUCCUCCAAGUGCUGAUCGUGCUGUUACGGGUUCUUCGUUGUUUGGGAUGUUUGCUUUGAAGGAGAGGCCGAAAUGGAUGAAGAUUUGUUCACUUGAUGAGCUUAAGACUAAAGUGGGUCAUGUUAUUGUUAUGAUCCUUCUUGUAAAGAUGUUUGAGAGAAGCAAGAUGGUGAACAUUACAACUGGUGUGGAUCUACUUUGUUACUCCAUUUGUAUUUUCUUGUCUUCUGCAUCUUUGUACAUUCUUCACAAUUUGCACAAGGGAGAAGACUAGAUAGAUGUACACUAGAACCCUCUCUUCAUUACUACUCUUAAUAAACAUCUUGUUUAUUGCUUCUUA